CGAGUAAUGCCUGGCACUUCCAUGUCUUGUCAGAGAGCGCCGCGUUAGUGGCUUGUACAGGGGAUUUCUGUAUAUUUUUGCGAUAUUUCAACGAAGAAGUCCGACAUGGAAGAUCCAGAGCCCGUAGAAUCUUUUGAAGACCUUAUGCUUUCUAGUAAUGAUGGAUAUGUCCCUAACAGAUAUGCUGUUAACCUGAAAGAGGGUGUUGACCUUGCACAGCUGCGCAGAGGAGAGGGUGCAUUCUUUGAGAUUGAUGAACAAAACAAUGAUUUCCAUAACAGUGAUGACGAGGACACUGGGCCUUAUUUUGACUCGGAGCAAAUGUUCCAGCAAUUAAAUCAUGAAGUCCUUGGAGUAGAUGAUGAUGAAGAUAGUGUAAAUGAUGAAGAAAACAAUUCUAAGACACCAUUUGAGAAGAUGGCCCAAGGUAUGGAAGACCUAACUGGUGAUGGUGGGGUGCUGAAAAAAAUCAUCCGCCAAGGAACUGGCCCUGUGGUGCCUAAAACUGCAACUGUUCGCUUCCAUUCAAAUGGCUACAAGGAGUUCUGUGAUGAACCAUAUGAUUCAUCACGGUUUAGAGGCAAGCCAGAGCAAAUGAGACUUGGCGAAGGAGCUUUCCCCGGACUGGACAUUGGUGUAUCAACCAUGAGAAAAGGAGAACUCUCACGAUUCUUGUUUGACAAAGAGUAUGUCUUCAAAGAUCUCGGAUGUGAACCCAGGGUGCCUGGUGCUACAGUGAUGUGGGAAGUUGAGUUGCUGAGCUUUGUUGACCAUGGGCCUGAAGGUGACCUGGAAUCCAACUUCCCUGAGGGAGAGAGAAGAAAAGCUUCGUUUGAACAUCUGUUGGCGGUUGCCAAUGGUGACAGAGAAACAGGAAAUGACCUUUAUAAGAAGAAGUUGUAUCACAAAGCUUUUACCAAGUACUCAAGGGCCACCAAGCUGUUGGAGGAGUGUCGACUUCAAAAUGAAGAUGAAGAGAAUAUGAUGAACCAGGUUCUUUUAAAACUAUACAGCAACAUGUCGCAAUGUGCUCUGGACCAGAACCAAGAGGCAAGGUGCAUUAAGUACGCCAGGAAGGUGCUCUUUAUUGAUCCCAAGAACCCAAAGGCAUUUUACAAAAUGGGAAAGGCCUUCAUGAAGCAGGGAGAGUUUGACAAGGCACGUGAUAACCUGAUCAAGGCACGGCGUUACUGUCCAGGAAGUAAGGACAUCAGGGACGCACUGGUCACCCUGGACAAGAAUGUGGAGCGGUUCAAGGCCCUGGAGAAGGAGCAGUGUAUGAGGAUGUUUCGAGGCCUGAAUGUGACGGAUAAUGGAAAGGCACAGGGGGAGACCACAACAGAUGCACCGCUACCUGUAACUGAUGAGUUAUCUGAGAGACUCAGGAACUUUUCGGCUGAUAACCAGGUGAAGGAGUUGACAUUCCCAACAACGCUGACAGAGAAAGAGAUUAUGUAUCUGAGGGAUGUAGCGGACGGGAUGGGCUUGAAGUGUGCCCUAAACACUCUAAAGGGCAAAAAACAGCUAACGGUAACAAAAUAGUUGAGGGAUCUAUCAUGGGUCGAAGAAAGGGCACGUUCUUCAGCAAUCGAUCGACUUUUUGGAGCCAAAGCAGCCAAAGAAAUGAGAUGUUGAAAUACUAAUGUGUUAGCGACGUUUUGGACCUACUUAAGUAUGAGAGAGAGGACGUUUUGCGGCUCAUUAGGCGCCGAGAAGGAAUUGAUGGUAAGACCCAAUCGAUGAGACCAGGUCAAAAGGACAUUUAGAGGUUUUCCAAUACUUUCCAAAAUAAAGUAUAAGUAACGACC